AUGUUAGGAUUCGCCAUAUGUNUCACCUACGUUCUCACCGAUGGUGGUACGGGCAUCCUAUUUUGGGGCUUCAUUGUUGCGGCUUGCGGCAUGUCUCUUGUCUACGCAAGUAUAGCAGAGAUGGCAUCGAUCGCUCCGACAGCUGGUGGACAAUACCACUGGGUGUCAGAGUUCGCACCCCCGAAACAACAAAAAUUCCUGAGUUACAUGGUCGGUUGGUUGGUCGCGACGGGCUGGCAAGUCUACCUUGCCGGAGUUUGCUUCAUGGUUGGCGGCAUUAUCCAGGGGCUUAUCGCUCUGAACGUUGCAGGAUAUGUAUCGCAAGCCUGGCAUUGUACUCUGCUAACCAUUGCUGUUGUCGCCUUCUCGAUUGUCUUCAACACAGUUCUCGCCCGAUAUCUACCAUCAAUCGAGGCUCUGGUACUGAUCCUCCAUGUGCUGGGUUUCUUCGGCAUCAUCGUGCCGCUUUGGGUGCUUGCUCCCCGUUCGCAUCCACGUGAUGUGUUGUUCAAGUUCACAAACAAUGGAGGAUGGUCGUCGAACGGGGUCUCAGCUAUGNCGGAAGAAAUCAAAGACUCCUCCCGAGUCUUGCCCAAGGCCAUAGUGUGGUCGAUCGGUCUUAACGCGGCUCUAGGCUUUCUCAUGGCUGUCACCUUGAUAUUUACCAUGGGAGACGCACACGACAUCUUAAACACACCAACCGGUCAACCAUUUAUCCAAGUCUUCUUCAACAUCACCCAAAGUUACGCCGCUACGAAUGUCAUGUGCGUCAUCGUGAUCGUCAUCCUUUGCUCAUGUUGUAUCAGCGAAGUCGCUACAGCCUCACGUCAAAUAUGGUCUUUCGCCCGUGACCGUGGAGCUCCAUUCUCCGACUGGCUAAGCAAGGUGAGCCUUGUCGAGUUUAGAGUGUUUCAAUCGCUGAUCUCAUCCCGCAGACCAAUCNCCCACUGGAAUCUGCCCGUUCGCGCUGUCUUGAUCUCGUUUGUCAUUACCAGUCUUCUUUCUUGCAUCAACCUGGGCUCUUCGGUAGCUUUGAGCGCCAUCAACUCCCUCGGGNGUGUCUCGCUCCUCAUCUCGUACNUUACCACGAUCAGCUGUUUGGUCUGGAGACGUCUCCGCGGCCCGCCGCUGCCGCUACACCCUUGGGAUCUGGGCAGAUUCGGUAUAUGGGUCAAUAUCGGGGCACUGCUAUUUCUGCUGCCUGCAGCAUUUNUUGCAUUCUGGCCCUUGGCAACUCCGNUCACUGCUUCCUCGAUGAACUGGGCUUCCGUCAUGUUUGUAGGAGUUAUGGUUGUGGCUCUUGUCUACUACAGCAUACGAGGGAAAACCCACUACGUCGGUCCGGUCUCCGACGUUAACCGGGACGAAUAG